CAAAACCGCAACUUGACCGCAAUCCAAACAUUUCAAGGGUAGUUUAGUAAUAAACAUUUUAAUACUAGAAAGUUCUUAAGUAGGUGAAAGUUACCCCGGGAGGAGGUGCUAUCCCAAUUCUGAAUCUGAAAGCAGAAAGAUUCUCCACCUUUUGAUUUGAGAAGAGAGAGAGAUGGCUUCAGAGAAGAAGGUUCUAGCUUUCGAAGAAGUUUCACAGCACAACAAAACCAAGGAUUGCUGGCUUAUUAUCUCUGGCAAGGUCUAUGAUGUGACCCCUUUCAUGGAUGAUCAUCCUGGUGGCGAUGAAGUCUUGUUGUCCUCAACAGGGAAAGAUGCUACGAAUGACUUUGAAGACGUUGGUCACAGCGACACCGCAAGGGACAUGAUGGAGAAGUACUACAUCGGCGAGAUCGAUUCGUCUACUGUUCCAGCGACAAGGACAUACGUUGCACCAGUGCAACCGGCGUACAACCAAGACAAGACACCAGAAUUCAUCAUCAAGAUUCUCCAGUUCCUUGUUCCAAUCGUGAUCUUGGGUCUCGCUCUCCUCGUCCGUCAGUAUACCAAGAAAGAGUAAGAAGCAGAGAGGCUUCAACUUUUGCUUCCCCAUUGGAUAAAUCUUUCUGAUCUCUCUGUAUUUGCAAAAAAAAAAAAAAAUACAUUUACGGUUGUUUUGUACUAGUCUAGACUGCAUCGAUGUUCUUAAAAUUAUUCUUGUUGGAGCUACUUCGAACCAAUAAUCCCAAUGUGUUGAUUGAGAUGUUUUCAACUUUGGUGAUCAGAUAAAAGAGGGCUUCUUUGUUGGUGCUAAAAUGUAGAAACGAGAAAUUGAAUAAGAUACAACAAUUGAACU